AUGGCUUGUUCAUUGUUAAAUCAAAAAAACAUCCAGAUAAAGAUACCCGGAUACGAAACAACAGACAAUGUUACAUUCUACAUAAUAAAUGUCAGUAUUGGUGACGUUAAUUGGACUCUCAAGCACAGAUACAGCGAAUUUGUGGUCCUGCAUGAUAUUUUGGUGACAGAGCACUGCGUCGAAAAGGACAUUCUGCCGCCAAAAAAAAUAAUCGGCCGAAAAAAUGAAGUUUUUAUUGACAAGCGCCGUCAGGCUUUGGAGAUUUACUUGAACGCUAUUUACAAUUACCUCAAAAAAACAAUGCCCAGAGAAUUUGUCAUGUUUCUGGAUCUUCAUGUCUACGAUAUAUUUUUUUUACUGCAAAAUAUGGCCUUUAAAUUUUUUAAUGAAGGUCCUAAUAUUUUGCAAGUCAAGUCUUAUACUUUUACACCUAUUCAGUUAUAUGCAAUAAGCGAGAGACUAAAACAGCCGUGUCCGGCAUCGGAAGUAGCGGAUAAAAAAUGUGACUUUAGUCACGUGCUCGACGUAAACUCGCACUUAAAAACACUAACAAUACAAGGCAGCAACGAACUCUAUGGUACCAGUAACAUAAAUUUAUCAACUCUGCCGAUAGAACUGUCGACAUUCAAGACCAUCGAGACUCUAGAAAUAAACAACUACCCGGUGAACAAAAUCUACUCGAUGGGUAACUUACGGGACACUACUCGCGUGUUAAAAAUCCAUAACACGCAUUUAAAGAACAUCGUCGACCUGGUGAUGUGUGAAGAGUUGCAUCGCUGCAUAGAAAACGCAAACGACUCCCACGUCUGGCUGAAAAUAAGUCAAUUGGAUUUGAGUGACAACAAUAUCGAAAUUAUCGACGAGUCCAUAAAGUUGAUGCCUCACAUUGAAUCUCUUAUCCUGAACAACAACUGUCUGACCGAGUUGUCAAAUAUAACUCUGCUCCCUCGUCUGUCACAGCUACAUGUUGCGUCGAAUAAUUUCACAAAACUCCCGGAGAACUUACAUACCAAACUCGGUAACAUUGUCUACAUGGAUUUGUCGCAGAAUAAAUUGACUUCAUUGGCGGCAUUUGCUAAGCUUUAUUCUUUAGAAUGGUUGGAUGUCAGCUGCAAUUGCAUAGAGAGCAUCGAUGAAGUCAAGUACAUCGGAUAUCUUCCAUGCAUUGAAAAUCUCCGGCUCACUGGCAACCCAGUGUCUACUAUAAUCGAUUAUCGCGUUAAAGUACUGGAACCUUUUGGCAAACGCGCAGCAGAUAUUUGUCUCGACAAUGAGCGUCCAAAUCAAAAAGAACUGGAUACUGUUGCUGUAUUACAAGCACUGAGAAUUGCUCGCGAAGGAAAGUCCAUGGCGCUCAGUAAUACGGACUCAGCGCUUUUUUCUGCUGAAAUUCCUAUUGUUUAA